CGCAGGCCGGAGCCCAGCGAGCAUGGUGGAGUUCGCGCCCCUCUUCCUGCCCUGGGAACGCAGGCUGCAGACCUUCGCAGUUUUGCAGUGGGUCUUCUCCUUCCUGGCUCUGGCCCAGACCUGCAUCGUGGUCUUCAUAGCCCUCCUGUUUACCAAGUUCUGGCUCUUCUCCGUCCUGUAUGCCACCUGGUGGUACCUGGACUGGAACAAGCCGUGGCAGGGGGGUCGCCGCAUCGAGGCCUUCAGACGCUUUGCCAUCUGGAAGUACAUGAGGGAUUACUUCCCCGUCUCUCUGGUCAAGACCGCGGAUCUGGACCCCUCCAGGAACUACAUUGCAGGCUUCCAUCCUCACGGGGUCCUGGCGGCCGGAGCCUUCCUCAACCUGUGCACAGAGAGCACGGGUUUCUCCUCGCUCUUCCCGGGCAUCUGCCCCCACUUGAUGAUGCUGAACUUGUGGUUCCGGGCUCCCUUCUUCCGGGAUUACAUCAUGUCCGGAGGGCUGGUCACAUCAGACAAGGUGAGUGCUGCCCACGUUCUGAACAGGAAAGGUGGUGGCAACUUGCUGGCCAUCAUCAUUGGCGGUGCCCAGGAAGCCCUGGACGCCAGGCCCGGAGCCUACACACUGCUGCUGCGGAACCGCAAGGGCUUCGUCAGGCUGGCGCUGAUACACGGGGCAGCGCUGGUGCCGAUCUUCUCCUUUGGAGAGAAUAACCUAUUCAACCAGGUUCAGAACAGCUCUGGCUCUUGGCUGCGCUACAUUCAGAAUCGGCUGCAGAAGGUCAUGGGCAUCUCCCUCCCUCUCUUCCAUGGCCGCGGUGUUUUCCAGUACAGCUUCGGCUUGAUGCCUUUCCGCCAGCCCAUCACCACCAUCGUGGGGAAGCCCAUUGAGGUCAAGCAAACGUCUAUGCCCACCGAGGAGGAAGUGGACCGGCUACACCAGCGCUACAUCAACGAGCUGUGCAACCUCUUCGAGACCCACAAACUCAAGUUCAAUAUCCCUGCUGACCAGCACCUGGAGUUCUGCUGACCACCUCCAGCCAGCCUGAAGGACGGGGCCGGCAUCCUGAAGCCCAUAUGAGGUGCUGUGAUCAGAGGAGACUUCUUGGAGAUGGUGUUAAGUGCAUCUCCAGAGCCUCCCCGGACUCCUGCAAACCCAGACACAACGGGCAAGGUGGCAGAGGAGGCGGACCCUAGUGCCUGGGAUUUAUACGCCUAUAGCCAAAGCUCUGAGGUCUCCCCUUCCUUGCUCAUCUGGAGAAUGGGAGAGGAGCAGGCAGAGAAUUAUCUCUGCUGUUUAAUCUCGACUGUUGUUACUCAAAGAUGACCAGAGGACAUGCAGUGGAGGGGGGGAAGAGUAAAAGAAAUCCCCACCCAGUUCUCUCCCCUACAUGCCCUUCCUCCUGCACCCUGGACUUCCUCCUUGAGCUGGAGAGGAGAAGUAGCCAGUAAGUCCUUGCACCCAACUAGGUUCUUUCCAGAUUCAGGGUCCUCUGAGCUAUGGAGUGGCAGCCAGAAAGGCCCAGAAGAUAAGCAAGGAGAACAGAACUUGGUCACCGACUGCCGUGCACCUGUGAGCAGGCCUCCGUUCCCUCCCUCUGAACCUCAGUUUCCCCGACUGGCUAAGAUGAGCUUAGAGUCUCAGUUCCCGCGUCACGUAGACUGAAAGCUCCAGGAGGGCCCCUCUUCCUCAUGGCUUUGUAACUUGAGCCCCUGGUCUUGGCCCAAAAGGGGGUUCCAUCCAUGUUACUUCAAUAAAUGAAAGGACUCUA